CUUGUCUUUUCUCUUUGCUUUUGUCUCUAUUCUGUCCUUUAGCGACAGAUUAUAGAUAUAACAUGGAGGAGAAGUUGCCGGGUGCCUUUUCACAGGCUCUGCCUGUGGAUCGCACCGACGAUGCUGUGGAAUACCUUCAGGGCCAUGCGGCCGGCCCCGACAGCUCUCAGAUCGAUCUGCGGGCUUUGCGUCGAAAGAUUGACUGGCAUUUGAUACCUUUCAUGUUCUCCUGCUAUGUGCUGCAAUUUCUGGACAAGGUCAUGCUUAACUAUGCUGCCGUCAUGGGAAUGAAAACGGAACUCCACCUCGCGGGGAAUGAGUACACCAACACCGCAACGUGGUUCUUCUUGGCCUAUCUGAUCGCCGAGGCUCCUAAUAUCUACUGCCUCCAGAAAGUCCCUGCCGCCAAGUGGCUCGGUGCAAAUGUCGCCCUCUGGGGAGUUGCUGCUGCAGCGUCCGCAGGCGCCAAAAACUAUGCGACCCUCCUCACUGCCCGUGUCUUCUUGGGUAUCUUCGAGGCCACGAUUGGACCAUCUCUGAUGCUCAUCAGCAGUCAAUACUAUACAAAAAGCGAACAAGCACCUCGUUUUACCCUUUGGUAUAAUGGUUUGGGAGUAGCCCAGAUCAUUGGUGGUCUAGUAUCCUUUGGCUUCCAGCAUGUUCACCACGGGGACACCCUUGCCGGAUGGCGCAUCAUGUUCCUGGUCAUUGGCUUGGCCACUGUGUUGAUUGGUGUGCUCACUCUACUCUUCAUUCCCGACACCCCCAUGAAGGCCAAGUGGCUGUCUGAGGAAGAAAAGGUGGCUCUCCUGCAGCACGCCAGUGUCAACCAGACGGGAGUGUGGAGUAGCUCCAUCAACCUUAAGCAAAUCUGGGAAGCUGUGCUUGACAUCCAGCUCUGGCUGUUAGUCUUGAUCACCAUUCUCAUCUCUGUUUCUAGCGGUGUCGUAACCACCUACUCCGCCACUCUCAUCUCCGGAUUUGGAUACUCCGGUCCUAUUUCCGCCCUUCUCAACAUGCCCUCCGGCAUCGUCAGUAUCUUCUUCACCCUGCUGGUUGGCUUUGGUAUCCGCAGAACCUCUCACCGCUGGGCGUGGAACGCCUUCUGCACUAUCCCCGGCAUUAUUGGUGGUGGCCUCCUCUCCUUCCUCCCCAAAAGCAACAAGGCCGGUGUUCUCAUCGGUAUCUACCUGGUAAAUGCCAUUGUUGCCACCCUUCCCAUCCUAUACCAGUGGACCAUGGCCAACUGUGCCGGUCACACGAAGCGCGCUUUCAGCAGUGCACUGAUCGCCGGUUCCUUCUCGGUCGGAAACAUCAUCGGGCCUCAAACCUUCCAGGCCCGCGAUGCCCCUGAAUACCGUCCCGCGAAGAUUGCGGUGCUGACCACCCAGGCUGCGGCAGCUGUCAUGUCUGUCGUGCUGUUCGCAUAUUACGUGUGGGAGAACCGGAGACGGGAUAGCCGGUACGGUAGGGUGGAAGAUUCGAUGGUGGAUGAGGCCAAGUGGGCUGGUCUGACUGAUAAGGAGAACACGAGAUUCCGGUAUGUGUAUUAAUUAGAGGAAGACGUGAGCUCUAAGUAAAGUUAUAUAGCAGCCAGUAAGGGCUCUAAUUAGGUCUCGG